UUCAGAAAAAUGUUAAUCAAACACGCCCUUGAUGCGGUGGCUUCAAAAAUCACACCCAAACCUUAUUAAAAUGACUCACAACAAAAUCAGUGAGUAAACUUUCAAGAAAUGUCAAGACCAAUUUCGAGAUAACACGAAAUCAAGAAAACAAACAGACAGACAGAAUAGACGUUCCCGUAUUACGACGAUUUUGAGUAGUGUUUAUUGCCGAUAAGAUUACCACUAUCACUCACGAAAAAUUGUGUCAUUCCUGCUGCCACUACAACUCGCCGGACUGAAACUCUACCCUAGUACCACAAAAUGGGGACUACGUCGAGCAUUUUGAGAGAGCAAGAGCUAAACGAAUUUCGAAAACUCAAUCCCGACGAGGAAACCGAUUUCGAACUGCCGAUACCGCCCGAAAAACGCAAACUUACGGACAAAAAAGGAUUCGUAAUUUUUGGAAUUUUGAUGUUAAUUUUGGUUCCAUUCAUGAUUUAUACGUUGGUGAAAUCGGACAUUCGGAGGAUCAGGCAUGGUAUUGAUAGCUGUGGUAACAUUUGUGGGGUCAAAAACUCAAAAGUUAGUGGAGUGGAGUGCUCAGGGCAGGAUUACACAAACAUGCCGUAUGUCAAAGUUAAUGUACUUACGAAUGAAAAAUCGUGUACGGAUGAAUGCCCACCAGGCUAUAUUCAAGGUGAUAACUCCUGCUAUGGUGGAGACCCAUUUACAGGAGAUGUGUCUAUAGAAUCAGUCGACCUCUGGGUUUACUGCUUAAACUUGUGGUGGAAGUUUAUAAUCAUAGCGCUUAUUACAACAGUUCUAUGCAGUUUGACUUUAAUUUUAUUCAGAUAUUUCCCUGGAGUCCUAGUCUGGGGGGUUUCCAUUCUUAGCUUAAUUGUAGCAAUUGCACUAACUGGAAUUUUCUGGUGGGCAGUCACUCAGACCCGAUCUGGAGACCCCGACAAGCCAGGAUUUAUAGCGCUUGCCCUCAUAUCAACCAUAUUCACCAUCAGUAUCACCAUUCUAUUCAUUUUUCUGUUCAGAAAGCUCCAGCUGAUUAUUCUCUUGUACAAAGAAACCACAAAAGCGAUGUUCGCCAUGCCAGGAAUAAUAUUUUUACCAAUCUUGACCCUGGUUUUGCAACUCUUGGUAUUAGCUCUCUUGGUCACCACCACAACAUUCAUGGGAACGUCAGCAGAACUUAAAGAAAUCGAAAACAGUGGCAACUAUUUCUACGAAACUAACGGAGUGGUGAAAUUUACCAUGGUUUUCAACGUGGUUGUUACCAUAUGGGCGCUACAGUUCUUCGCGGGUUGUCAGUAUAUGGUGAUAGCCGGAAGUGUGGGUCAGUGGUUCUUCAAAGGCGACCCUUUGAAAGCUCCCAUAGCUACCAGUUUUACCAACACGAUGAGGUUCCAUCUAGGGACUAUAGCGUUUGGUUCCUUUAUUAUCACUCUGGUGGCUAUCAUUAAAGCGCUAAUAAAAUCCCUCAUUAGUAACGCGAGAUUAAGAUGGCUUGUGGACUGUUGUUGUGGGAAUAUCGAAGCACUUUUGAAGUUUUUGUCGAAAAAUGCCUAUGUAGAAACGGCAAUAUAUGGCCAGUCCUUCCUCAGGUCCGGAAGAAGAGCUGCCAAAUUACUAAUCACUAACCUCGGAAGCGUCAUCGCUAUCAAUUACGUCGGCGAUUUUAUUCUAGCAAUGACCCAGUUUUUGAUUCUUGCAAUUUCAACAGCGAUUGCUUAUGGAAUUUUCCUAAAUGAAUCUUUCGUUGUGUUACCCACAGUCUUCGCUUUCAUUCUCAAUUUGCUUAUUGUCUUGAUCGUAUUUAGUGUUUUUGAGACGAUUGUUGACACUCUGUUCAUUUGCUUCUGCGAAGACACCGCUCUUAACGAUGGUAGUGAGAGUAAACCCUUUAAAAUGACGACAGGUUUUAAGCAGUUCAUGGACAAGUCGCAGCAAGUUUACGAACGGAAUUAGGGUUUUUUAAUUUUUUGUUCAUUGUAAAAAUAGAUAUUAAAAAAAUUUAA